AUGCAUUUCUUUAAAAAACUAGAAGUAGUUUUAAAAUUUAAACUAGUAAGGAGAGUUAAUAAAUUCUUUUUUUAUUAUAAGUUAUUAUAUAUAUUUAGUAUAGCUAGUAUAGGUUUAGGUAAGCAGAAUAUAAACUUUACUAAAAUACUUAGUAAAAAUAUAACUAUAAUACUAAAAUUAAGUAUAACUAGUUAA